AUGUAGUCAACUUUAAGUAAAAUUAGUUUCAUGGCUGAAAAAGCAAUGAUGGAAUUAUAAAUGCAGCCAUUGAUAACUUGGAAUCCUGGUUCCUUAAACACUUUAAAAUUUGUAUUAUAUUGCUCUAACAGAUAUUAGAUAGAUUAAAAUCAUGUGUUGAGGAGGUGAGUUUCAAUUUGAUAAGUAAGGAUCUUAAUUCUGAAGCAUCAUUAUUAUAAAAAUUAUCUACAAAUUAUACUCUAGUAUUUGAUAAAGUGCUUGAAAUUAAUUCACGAAAAAUAGUUAAUCCUCCUGAAUUACCUAUUGAAUAUUGUUAAAAAUAAACAAAUUCUACAAAAAAUAUAUUGGGGGGAACUGAAGUUUAGAAUUUUAGUAAUUAAAUUUCUACAUCAUUUAGAGAUUUAUUCUUAGUAACAGCAGGAGUUUAUGGAUGCUGAAUAAACUUUUAAAAUGAAUAAAUAAAAGAUCUUUAGGAAAAUGGAAAAUAAAAGUACAAGUACUAGUGAUGAUGCUAUGGUUAAGUUGCUUUAAGGGAAUAUAUAAUAUGAAACAGAAAAGGAAUUAUUAAGGAUACAAGAAGAAAAUGAAGCUAAUUUAAUUGAUUUAAGAAAACAAUUAAAGUAAAAAGGAAUGUGGUCGGAAAUCACUAAUAGUCAUGCUAUUUAAAAAUUGAGUGAUCUGAAUAGACACAUGGAAAGAGAAACCUUCAAGAAUGAUUUAUACAUAACUGAUUAAAUUAAAAAGGCAAAUGAGAUUAAAGAUGAAGAAGAUUUUGAUAUAAAAAAAGAAGUCAAAGAUAAGAUAUUGAUGGUUUAAAGAAAAAUAGCUGAAAGAAUAAUGAGAGCAGCAGAUAGAAAGAUUCGACUUGAAUAUGAUUCAUUUGUGAUAAAGAGAACAUAAGGUAUAUUAGUAAAAAAGAAUAAAACCUAAAAUUUUUAAAGAAUUGAAGAAUUAGAGAAAUUAAUAAAGGAUAAGAAUGAAUAAAUAGUUGAAAAGGAAGCCAAAAUUAAUUAAUUAUUUUAAAAAUUUGAAGAAUAAGAGAAGAAAUUUGCAAGUUUGUUAAAAUAGAUUGAUAAUUAUAAAGUAACUUAAAAAUUAGAAGUAUGUAAUACUAUAGUAUCUAAAAAUGGAAAGAAAACAGAUGUUGAAAUAUAGGUUUCAAUGAUGGAUCCAAGAGUUGAAUUAUUUGAAUUGAAACUAUCAGAAAUGAUAUAGGAAAAUGAUGAAAUGAAAGAAGAAUUAAAAUUAUUACAUAAAAAGGCUUUGGAAGAUAAGAUUGAAAGUUUAAAUGGACCAAAAUAAAUAGAAGAAGUUUUAUUAUUAUUAAUCUAAAGUGAUUUAUCACCUGAUAAUAAAAUAAUAUCACUUAAUACUCUAUUAUAAUAUAUAAAAGAUAAUUCAGCUGAAGAUAUUUCAAGAUUGGCACCAAAUGAAUUGUAUCGUAUUGUGAGGUCCAAAUUAAAAUUAAAUUGUGAAUCUCCAUUAGAGAAACUUGAUGAAUUAUCUGGAGAUGAAGAUGAAAGUUAUGAAUAGUAAUCAAUUACUAAGAAAAGAAAUAUAAAUAAAAAGAAAAGAAUAAGUCAUAUAGAAAAACCAUUUAAUGCCUUGAUACAAGAAUAAAUAAAUCUUGAUAAAAUUGUUACAUAAAGAAGAUUGGCCUAAUCAGAAACAGACGAUGAAUCAAAUAAAAAAUAGAAAAAAUAACUAUUCUAAUUAAAUUAAAUAGAAACUAGUGUUCAUAAAUUAAUUGAAUAAGUCAGUAGUCCAAAAUCUUCAAAUAGAUCAAAUAUAACAUUUAGAUAAAAGGAGGGUUAUUUAAAGUCUAAUAAAAAUAAUAGUGCAGUAAACAAUGAAAGUUCUAAAAAAGAUUAAAAUUCUUCCUCUGGAUAAUUUGGAAUCUAAAACAACAGACCAACACUUACUUAAUUAGAAACCAAAAGUAAUAAAUAAUCAUUUUCUAAUUUCUCUUCUAAAGAAUUAAAUAAUUAAAAAGGAGAAAAUCAACUUAAAAAAAUCAUCUUUAAUUGAUUAAAGUGAUAUAGAAUGUGAUUUUUACAAAUAAAAUAAAACUAAAGAUAUUGGAAUACAAGUAUCAUUCAAAUAGGAAGAUAAAAUUAUUCAAUAAAAAUAUAUUGAAACUAUUAUUUAAUAGCCUUAAUAAUAAUAAAAAGAAAAAUAACAUCUAGAAGAAUAAAUAAAAAAGCUAAAUGAUUCCUAAAUUUAUAGAGCCAAAGCUGAGUCAAUUUCACAGAAGACUACUUAAACAGAUGAUUUCUUUUUAUGGAAUCUUUUUUAGAAAAUGGCUGGUGAUCUUGGACUUUCAGAAGAUUAAUUAAAAAGACUUGAAACUGUAUUUUUAAAUGAAUAAUAAUUUAUUCAUUUUUAUGAGAAGAAUUCAUCUUAAAAAUAAAUAUCUCGUACUUCGACAAUCUAAAUUGAUACUUUAGGAGAUUAUAAAAGAGAUAGUUUAUAAAAUUUAGAUAAAAGUAUAGGCAUAAGAAAUUCGAUAAAACUAAAAACGGGUAGGUAAUAAAAUAUUUAUACAAAUAAUGAUUUACUAGAAAAUUAUUCAUAUUAAUAAAAUAAAAUAGGAGAUGAGGAAUUAUUUAAGAAUUAAAAACAUAACCAACUUCAUUGUAUUCACCAGUUAUUAGUAGACAAUAAAGUUAAAUUGUAUUAUCAGGAACUUAAAAUUAAAAUAAUCAAAAUGGAUUAAUCAAUUAGGGUUGGAGUCCAAAUGAAAUAGGAAAUGGGUUCAGUUCAAAUAGUCCCAUAAAUCCAAAUUCAAUUUAAGGUAUGAGAAGUAUUUGUCAACUUAUAAACACUGGAGAUAAUGUUCAUAUCAUUACCUAUGGAACUGUAUCUCCAUCUGAUUAGAUGAAUAAAAAUAAACAUAGAACUACUUCAUCAAAUUAAAAACUUUUAGAUGAUAUGUUAAAAUCGAAAACUUAAAUUGUAAAAUCACCAGAUUAAUAAUAAAAAGAAUAAAUUGAGUAAAAAUUGUUUUUUUCUGUCUUUGGUCAUGAACCACAAAAUGAUGAACAGUUCGAUUUAGAAGUUCUUAGAAAUAAUAUAGGGAAACCUUUGGAAAUAAUAUAGGAUCAUUUGAAAGAAGAAUCCAUCAAAAAAGUAUUUACUCAAUUUGCUUAAAAAGAGAAAAAUGAAUGGAAAGAUAAAAUUUUUUUGGUUAUUUCGAAUUAUUGUAAUAAGAGUGUUCAAACAAUCACUUAUUUUGAUUUCAAAAAGUAUUAUGAAAAUUUUAUGAGAGUAAUAAUACCAAAGUAUAUUUAGGUACAUAAAAGAUGUGGUGAUGAAUGCAUACAUAUUUAGAGGUUUUUAGCUAGAAUUGGAUUUGGAUUUGUUAGUAAAAGAAAAAUCUUAAAUUUGUCCAAAUAAAGUGUAUCUCCAUUUGAAUAAUUACCUAAACUUAAAUGA